UCUCUCCUACGCAGAGGAUUUGCUUACUGCUGCUCCUCUCUGCUUCUUUCGGAUCUGAGAAAUCGAUCCUUUGCAAAAAUGAUGGCGCGACAGAGGAAUCAUCACCGUCGGAAAACGUCGUACUCAACCCUCGUCUUCGCGGUGUUGAUUAUGUUCACUUUCGUGAUUUUGUUCCUUCUCGCGCUUGGAAUUCUCUCGCUGCCCAGCAACAAUGGCGGGUCAUCCAAGGCCAAUGAUCUCACUUCCAUUGUCCGUAAAAACCUUCAGAGAAGCGGCAAAGAUGCUUCGGAGAAUGAGCGUUGGGUUGAAAUUAUAUCUUGGGAACCCAGAGCUUCUAUUUACCACAAUUUCUUGACGAAGGAGGAAUGCAAGUAUCUAAUAGAGCUAGCUAAACCGCAUAUGGAGAAGUCAACUGUUGUCGAUCAGAAGACUGGAAAGAGCACAGAUAGCAGGGUGAGAACGAGCUCUGGGACUUUUCUUCCAAGAGGACGCGACAAAAUCAUCCGUCAAAUCGAGAAAAGGAUAUCAGAUUUUACCUUCAUACCAGUUGAGCAUGGGGAAGGUCUUCAAGUUCUGCACUAUGAAAUAGGGCAAAAGUACGAGCCUCACUAUGACUACUUUAUGGAUGAGUAUAACACUAGGAACGGAGGGCAGCGGAUUGCCACUGUUCUCAUGUACCUGUCAGAUGUAGAGGAGGGGGGUGAGACAGUGUUUCCCUCAGCCAAGGGAAACUAUAGCGCAGUGCCGUGGUGGAAUGAGCUGUCAGAGUGCGGGAAAGGAGGGCUGUCCGUGAAACCAAAGAUGGGAGAUGCAUUGCUUUUCUGGAGCAUGACACCUGACGCCACUCUAGACCCAUCUAGUCUUCACGGUGGAUGUGCUGUAAUCAAAGGGAACAAGUGGUCAUCCACAAAGUGGUUGCGUGUACACGAGUACAAGAUUUGAUCUAAUUAUUGAGGAGGAAGAAGCAAAGAGAGAGAAAGGAGGCGUAGGAAAAGGUCAGAAGAAUUGGAGCCCUCUGCUUGCCUCCUUUAGAUACUUAUGUUUAUCUUUAAAGAGUAGAUAUUUUGUAUCUCAAAGAAAAAGACAACCACUAUUUAAGUUGAUUAAUACCACUGCCAUUUGAUGGGAUUAUUGAUAAAAAAAAAAAAUGAUUGAAAUUGUGGUCAGCAGAGAGAAAGGUUCCUUUCUUCUCUCAUUAACCUCUCUUCUCUAAAUGAGAUUAUAUUUUUUCUUAAAAGUUA